AUGGAGUUUGAGAUUGAGAAAAAAUUGUGCCUUUUGAGUUUCGCUGUCUUCCCGGAGAACAGAGAAGUUCAUAGGACGAUGCUGAUGUAUUGGUGGAUAGGAGAGGGGUUUAUUCCUGUUGAAGGAGCUGGAGAAUCUGUGAGAGAAGCUCUUCAAGUAUUCACUGACAAAAAGUUGGUUGAACCAGUCCAAGAGAGGCGCAAAGUGGCUCCAAGCAGCUAUAAGAUGAACCCUUUCGUGCAUUCUUCAGUUAUUCAUCUCUCACAGAAGAUUGGACUUUUUGAUAUCUAUCAUGAACAGAAGAGGCCAAGCAUGAGACAAUCAGGUUUGGGAAAGGUCUGCCUUGUGGAGGGGUCAUCAGCGCAGCUAGAGGCAAAAGCUAAGAAAAUGCAAUCACCAGAUCAAAUCGAAACUGUAUUAAACGUUUCCGAGAGAUACCCGGGAUUCGCAUUCAAAUGGUUCUCGGAGUUUAUAACCAAACCGCUACAAAAGUCUGUGUUCAAGUCACUCCGUGUCUUCUAUUUGGGGAGAUGGGAAAGAACUCAGAAGCGAAUCAUCGAGGUACCGAAUCCUGAGAUUAUGAAAUAUUUGACUUUUAUGACGAACCUGAGACUCGUAAGUUUUCAAGGGAUCUCAACCAUUAGAAAGCUCAACCGUUCAAUUUGUAAGCUACACAAGCUGAUCGUCUUGGACCUCAGGGAGUGCUCUGACCUAACGCAACUUCCAGAAAAGAUAGAGUCACUCCACAGUCUGGUCUACUUGGAUAUGACUGGAUGCUAUAUGUUGGAAUAUAUUCCCAUGAGGUUGGCUUCACUGAACAAUUUAGAGGUUCUCAAGGGGUUUGUGGUUAGUGACACCGCCUAUGAGGGUGUUGCGUGCACAAUGAGGUUGCUGAAGAGGUUGAAGAAGCUAAGAAAGCUCAGCAUUGAAAUACACAGGGAUGAUCUCGGUGUGCACCAAUUGAUGGAGGAUCUUGUAAUGCUCAAAGCGUUGACAAGUUUGAAGGUGACAUGGAGGAAGAAUUUAAACACAGUCCGUGCUGGCAAGCCUGAUGAUUUCAAAAAGAUUGAGAGUCUUCCUGAUCAGUUAAAGAAGCUGAGUCUGCAGCGGUUUCCGCACGAACAACUUCCCACUUGGAUUCAUCCCCACAAACUGCUUCACCUGAAAAAGCUUCAUAUUGGAGGAGGAAGAUUGCUCAAGGGUUUUGGUGCCUUGCCGGAGAAGGCAACAGAAUGUUCUGUUGAAGCAUUACGUCUCACGUCACUCCCCAGGCUAAGGAUCGGGUGGAUUGAGGUGAAAAAACUCUACUUCCCAAAUCUGACAUUUCUUGAGAAGUAUGACUGUCCAAAAAUUAGUCUCACUCCCUGCGAUGGAAAUGGAAUCUGGAGAUCCGACCAAGACGACCAAUGA